AGGAGGAGGGGGAGGGAAAAAAAAAAAAAAAAAGAUCCUAGAAAUCCAAAAAGGCUCAUCUGGGAAGGAGAGAGAGGAGAGCGAGAGGAAGCGGGAUGCAACUCAACCUGACGCUGAUCUGCUUCGUCUUCGGGGGGUUCCUGCCCGACGCCGCGGCCCGGCGGGAGCAGAUGGACACGGGGCAGUGCGACCUGCCCCGCUCGCAAGGAGAGCUCAACUCCUUCCUCUGGACCAUCCGCCGCGACCCCCCCGCCUAUCUCUUCGGCACCAUCCACGUGCCCUACACGCGAGUGUGGGACUUCAUCCCCGACAACUCCAAGGCCGCCUUCCACGCCAGCUCCAGCGUCUACUUCGAGCUGGACCUCACCGACCCCUACACCAUCUCGGGGCUGGCCAGCUGCCAGAUGCUGCCCCACGGGGAGAACCUGCAGGACGUGCUGCCCCGGGAGCUGUACCGCCGCCUCAAACGCCACCUGGACUACAUCAAGCUGAUGCUACCCCACUGGAUGACCCCGGACCAGCGGGGCAAAGGGCUCUACGCCGACUACCUCUUCAACGCCAUCGCCGGCAACUGGGAGCGCAAGAGGCCCGUCUGGGUGAUGCUCAUGGUGAACUCCUUGACGGAGACGGACAUCCGCUCCAGAGGGGUGCCGGUGCUCGAUCUCUACCUCGCCCAGGAGGCCGAGAGGAUGAAGAAGACGACGGGUGCGGUGGAGAGGGUGGAGGAGCAGUGUCACCCGCUGAACGGGCUCAACUUCUCCCAGGUGCUGUUUGCUCUAAACCAAACUCUGCUCCAACAUGAAAGCCUCCGAGCAGGUAGUUUGCAGGCCCCAUAUACCACUGAAGAUCUCAUCAAGCAUUAUAACUGUGGAGACCUGAAUGCUGUCAUAUUCAACCAUGACACUUCUCAGGUUCCUAACUUCAUCAACACAACUCUCCCACCCCACGAGCAGGUGACGGCUCAGGAGAUAGACAGCUACUUCAGACAGGAGCUCAUCUACAAGAGGAAUGAGAGGAUGGGGAAGAGAGUGAUGGCGCUUUUAAGGGAGAACACAGAUAAGAGCUUCUUCUUUGCCUUUGGAGCAGGUCACUUCCUGGGUAACAACACUGUGAUUGAUGUACUGAGACAAGCAGGAUUUGAAGUGGAGCACACCCCUCCUGGACAACCAAUUGGAAAUUCAAGGAUGACAAAGACAAGCCCAGCCUUGGAAAGGUCCUCAGCAACAGCCCUGCCUGCUGUCCAGCUUUCUGAGCAGGUCCCACUGACAUCUCCUUCCCUGAAGCCCCUGCAGAUGGAUGAAGAAGACAGCCUGUCUCCUCACCUCCUGUUGCCAGAUAGCAUCAGCCAGCUGGAAGAGUUUGGCAGGCAGAAGAAAUGGCACAAGAAGCAGCACAAACACCAUCGCCAGAGGCAGUUCAAUGAUCUUUGGGUUCGGAUAGAAGACAGCACCACCACGUUGCCUUCCUAUAUCAGGAUAACCAAUGGCUACAUCACAGUCAAACCUCCCAUUUGGAUUUCAAACCGGCUGGAUCAGAGACCGCGUUCAGAUCGCCCAUCCCAGCCUCAGCCUACAAGCUCAGCUUCAGCCAGCCUUUUAUGGCCAUCAAUAACUUCUCCUCUCUGCAUGGCCAUAGCUUCUUUUCUCCUGAAUCUACUGCAGCCUUCCUGACCACAUUAGUAUUACGUUCAAUCCCUUGGAAUAGAGAAGAGAGAUAAUUUAUGAACGAAUUGGAGGUUAAGACAACAACAGUUACAAGCUGGACCUUCUCAGUGACUCAGUAGUGCCUUCUAGCUGAUUUUGUCUCUUUGCCCAGAUACAUUUUGAAAUUCUAAAGCUUUAUUGUAACACUGACUUACAUCUUCUUUUUGUAGAAGGAUCUUUAUUUCCCAUAGUGCUAUGGGGUUUUGUAAAAUAUACAUGUUCAUAUAAAGAAAAAAAAAAGAAAAAGAAAAAAUGUAUUUAUUCGACUGGUAAACUUAUUUUUCUUGUUGUAUAUGUUAAUAACAUCCCUAUUAAUCAGUAGCGAUGGUGAAACAGAUAAAUUAAUAUUUUCUAUAUUUGUUUUCUAACUGACAACUCUGCAAAUGUCUGAACUGACACCAAAUGAAUGCCACCUUUAUUUCUUUAACCAUUACUUUUUACAGCAACUGUCCAAUAAGUAUAUUUCUGCUGAACUUCUUUAUUUUACUUUUUUUUAUCUCAUUCGCAUAGCUUACACUGAAUAAAGCAGAUCCUGCUCUGUGGCCUAUGCCCAUUAGAAAAUUAGGUGCAUUCUUAACUCAUUAGCUGCUACAACCUAAAAUACCAGUUAUUUUUAUAUGACUUAGUAAGUCAUUAGUCAGGAUAACCCUCUAAGUUCCCCUGUUGUCUUUAACUAAACUAUUUAACUUCUUUGGAAAUUACCGAUUUCCCUCUUCACCCUGGGAUUAAUUCAUUAGCUAACGCAAAUUAAGACACCUUUUUCUUAAUAAAAAAUUGCUUUUAAAGUCUGGAAUAACCCCACUGGAAUUAUUUUCUUCUCUCCCUCAUUUUAUAUAAAUACAAGCCUACAACCUUUCCCAGCAUAAAUGAGAACAGAACUUGGUCUGUCUAUAGGAUAUAAAGUUGUAGUAUCCUGUUAAUCUAUGGAACUUCUUCGUACCAUUUGUAUUAAUGCAGAUGGACAACCUGGAGGGCAAAAGAACAUCUACAAAUUCCUCUUCAUCUUGCUAUUAUGAUGCUUAGAGCCAAUAGCUCCGUGCUGAAUUAUGACUUGUCCAAAAUCUGUUCAAGACCACAGGAACCAAAUUAACCCCUGUGUCAUGGAGACAUACAGAACAUUCCUCCAUUUGUAGACGAUGGUACCUCUGUUGACUUAGAUGGAAAAAUUAUGACACCUUACACUCACUGAAAAAUUUGCUCCAAGCAAAUCCAAGCAGCUACUUUUCAUGAAUGCAAUGAACAUCUAUGAGAAAAAAAAACAUGUUUAAUAAGGCAUGUUCAUUUUUUUCCCCCAACAAAAUAUGAUGAAAAAUCCCUUUGGAUACAAGAGUUUCAACCAGAAAAUUAAUUUUGGUUGAAAUAGUGUCAUCUACAAACCAAAAAUCCAAAUUAUCCAAAAUAUGUGAUGAAAACAUCUUAGUUAAAAAAGAAGAUUCGAAAAACAGAAAAAUAUAAUGCAAAGUUUUCUUUACAAAAAAGCAGUGCUUUUCACUGGAAAAAAAAUAUCAGAUGAUAACGAUGAUUAUAAUAAUAAUGACUGAAAACAGUCAUGGCAGUUUCCCACCAGCCCUACAGCCUGGUCUCCAGGACUGCAGAUGAUUCCAUGCAAUCUUCAAGUGUCUGCAGUGAAAGAGAGUUCAGGAUUCACGGUUUGUUUGUUGUCAUACCAGUUAAUUCAGGAAAGUAGGUUAGAAAAUAAUUAGACUACAAAAGCCACAUGGUUUUAUUUGAAACCAUGAUGAAAUACUGAGCUUUUCCAUCAUGCAUCCCAACCUGUUGCCUUGCAAAGGCCAGGGAGAAUACAGAGAACUUCUUUUUGAUUUACUGCACACCAUGACCUCCAGCCUUUGCUCUACUUUUGACAGAAGGUUGUGUAGGUUUGUGGUCAGUUUAAGCGGAUACAGCAAACAGUGCUAUAAGCUACCCCUAUUUUUUUCAAGCACAACAGUUGAUAAGGCUGAAUGGAAAACUUUGAGCUUUGCCCCAAAUGUGAGCUUCAAGCACGCCCUGUGCAUACUUUUAUAUUGUGUAUUUUGGCUAGCAGAAGAUUAGAGAUGUUAGUUUUGGACAGAAGCCAUUCACCUUGCAUAAUAUUUAUUGCAUGGAGCUGGAUAUUGGAAACAUAUUUUGAGAACUUUCAUUUUGGUUUUAUUUGAGCUAUUACCCUAGAAAUGCCUUCAUUUGAAUAUAGUGGCUUAACAGACCUUCAAAUUCAACAUUAAUGCAUUUAAAAAGAUGAUUGGUUCUCUUGCUGUAUUCAAGACAGAGAUUGGAACUGAAUUAUAAUGUCUUAUUUACAAAAAUGGAACUGGGAAUAAGGUAGCCAAAUCUUAAGGGUGAUGAUAAGUUACAUAGUAAAAGUGAACAGCCAACGAACCAAAACCCAUUGAAUUUUAUUUGUUGUAAUCUGAUCGCAUCCAGAAAUGAUUCUGUGGUACCAUCCCAGAAAUAAUUCCAGGUGUUGGAAAACUUACAGUAUAAAUAGACAAGACCACAGAAAGAUAAGGGAGAGAGAGAAGAGCAGAAAACAAAAACAACUCAUCCAAGACUGUAAGGAAAACCACAAACAGGACCAAGACUAGAAAUUACAGUUCUAUAGUUUCCCAACCUGUGGCAUUCUCCAUAAGCCUCUGGAGCUUUUUUUAAUAUUAGGAGCACACAGAUAUCUCCACACUCACAGUUGUCAUCAUACUGCACAGAAUAGUCUCUCCGUUUGUCACUGAUGAGGGUUUUUUUUCUGAGUCACUCCUACACUGGACACUAAUAUUCAGUAUUCUCAAGCUCAGAUAUCACGGUAUGUUUGGAUAUCGCAGUAUGUAAAUAGCUUGGAUAUCAAAGUAUGUUUUAACGUAUUUGCAUUUCCUGGCAUUUUGUCCAUCAUUCUGUGAAAUGAAUGAAUGCUAGUGGAGCUCACCGAAUUUCCCUUGUGCUGGUGCCCCAUGUUUGUCAUACUGCAGUGCAGGUGUCAAAGCAAGGUGCUCCUGGCUUUGGGAUCCACACACUUGACUUCUGCCACCUAAAAGCAUCUAGCUCACUCGGUCAUCUGAGAUUUCUCUGGUUAAGGGAGAAGACAUGACUUUUACAAUAAAUAUAAGAUUAAGUAGCUUCCUGUAGAUCCUAGCUCAGGAACCCCACAUGAAUGGCUUUAGCACAAUUCCCUAACCAAACAUUUAUUUUAUUCUAUUGCCUUAUCCUAAAGUAUGACUUAGGGUAACUUUUUUCAGUACAUGGCAUGUAAGCAUAGCAAUACUGGAAAAUGAGACCCUCACUGUGAUUGAUAAAAUGGAUUAUUUACUAAUCAGCUACAGCAGCCCUCUAUUAAUUAAAAUACACUAACACUGGUUAGCACAGAUCUAUGCACAUCCAUUGCAAUGGAUCAUGAUUAUAGUCACCAUGAGUUUAAAAAGCGUGCAUUAGAUUUGAUACAUGCUCUUGAAGUACCACUGACUACCAGUUUCAUGGGACUUCAGUUUUCUCUGUGGGUUUCUCAGAAAACUAGGAACUGACUGUUUUCUUUCUUCCAAAGGAAAGCUCAGAUUCCCAUGUAAUCACAAGAUUCCAAGAGCAGGAGAUUUAACAAAAAUAUCUAUGCCUGCUAUAUAUAAUAGCGAACACUGGUGAUACUAUUUACCUCUGAGAAACACAAUCGAGAGUCAUGCAAUGUCUAGCAAUCAAGGAGAUGAUUUUGGAUGAGUCCAAAGCUGAAUGUUCGUGUGAUUCAUCUUUUCAACUCAGCUACAACUGACACAAUACAAUUCACAUUAUAUGUAACUGUAACAUUAUAAAUGAAUGCUAAUUAUCUGCCAAGGUCUUGCCCUGGUGGAAUAAAUAUCCCAUACCACCAGCAACAGAUCUAACUUCCACUCUUUCAUUGUUUUAAAGCUUUUCUUGCUUAUGUUUAACUAUGGAUGCUAUAUUAACAUGCACUGCCACUUGGAGAACCAGUUAGUAAGCUGGGACAGAAGGUAUUUUAUAUUUUAUGACUGAUGUAGUUUCUCUGCAAUCCCUCGGGCUGUUGAAUAAUGCAAUAGCUCUUCUGGCAAUAAAUGAUGAACAUGAUUUAUGAUAACUAUGCUUUAUACAGGUGUCAAAAAAAAUCUGCUUUCUUGAACUUCCCUUCCCAUUCCUCCAAGCUCCACUGUAAUUUAGGAACACCCAAGGUACAGAGUUGUGUAUUUAUCUAAAAGUUCUUCAAUAUACAAUUGUGGGGAGAGAGAGAUGGAAAGAGGGAGAACUUAAUCUAUGUUUAGUGCAUUGAUUAGUCAAAUGAUAUGACCCAGUCAUUACCAUAUACCACUGUUAGGGAGGAAUUUCCCAGCAUAUAUUUAUGUUAGAGAAACCAAAGUGCCAAAGUUAUUAUCUCAGCAUAAAUGUUAUCAUUCCAAACUUUGCUUAGUAACAUAUUUCUAUAUUAUAUCCAAAAAGUGUAGGGGCUUGUCAUAUCUCUGAAGUGAUCAAUGGGCCAUGGAGUGUGCUAGAGUUCGGCUUCAAUUUAAGCUUGUUUCAGCUUAACUGAAGCAGAAGGAUAUUUGCCUAAUUUUGAGAUCAUAGAGUGCGUGCAUGCGUGUGUGUGUAUGUAUGCACAUAUAUGUGCAUGUAUGCAAUAGGGGAUGUGAGUGUGUGUGUGUGUGUUUUUUGUCCCAACCCAAAUGCAACCUUUCCUGUGACUAGCUUUUCAGGAGGCACCUUAAUCUAGGUAAAGGCAGAGAGGUCUUUCCAAUAAGCAGUCAAUACUUUUCUUCUGCAGGAAUGAUUAACCGUCUUGCAGAUUCAUGCUCACACUGAAUUUUAAAUUGCAUAUUUGUCAGUUUUCAAUUCAAAUGUAUUUCAAAUAUUUUUUCCUGUUCCGCCUCCUGCUUAUUUGAACUGUUUUGAAGAGUGUAAUAAAAAGAUGCUUUCUAAUAUUAUUUUGUCAAAAUAUUUUUGUAGCAUAAUAUAUUAAUAAAAUGUUAUUAUAAAUCCAUAGCACAAGAAUCUUGUAUGUCUAGGUUCUUUCCUUUGCACUAAAAGCUAGGAAAUCACUGAAAAAAGGGAACAUUCAGUUUGUAGAGCUUAUGCACACUGCUUUUCUUUUGCCCAAGACCAAUAUGGGGUGGAGGAAAUCAUACUCUGGGGAAGGUUCCUCAUAAAGUGAUGUGGUUUUGUCAAGUCCAUUCCUGCAGAGAUGUGAAGAAUCUCUCUAUGUACCUUUUUAUUGGUGAGAAGUUGCUGCCCCUGGUGUGUAAUGAGUGUGGAGCAGCCUCAGCCUCCGAUCCUUGUCACUCAAGAGAAGCCACG